AUGCAAAAUGGGGUUAAGCAACGACCUAAAUAUUCGAUUCCGACUCUGAUGAAUUGUCGUGAUUUGAUGUCGUGUGCGCAGACGGGCUCAGGCAAAACUGCAGCUUUUCUUUUGCCACUUAUCAAUCAUAUCGUCCAGAAUGGCACCACUGGAAUAACACAGGAAGAUCUGCCGUUUACACUUUUCGGCCGUCGAACAGUGCUUCCAGCUGCACUGAUAUUGGCACCGACUCGUGAGCUGGCUAUGCAGACUCAUAAAGAGGCGCUAAAAUUCGCAUAUCGAACCAGCGUUACAGCAGCUGUGCUUUAUGGUGGCCGUGAAAAUUAUCGUGAUCAGGUGCAAAAAUUAAAGGUAUUUUUUUGCAUUACCAACUUGCAUUCUUACUAUAAAACUUAAAA